AUGAUAGGCAGGGGAAUGAGGAUAGGACUGUUAGCAUUUGUUUGGCUUCAUGUCCUAGGGGGAAGUUUGGUUCUUGGUAGAGAUUUUAAAAAUGAGGAUGAAAAGUUUUUUUGGAUGGAUAAGGGAGGUGGAUUUGGAGCAGGAUUCGGUGGAGGGUAUGGUAGUGGGGUUGGAAUAGGUGGAGGCAUGGGUAAGGAUGGUGGAGUCGGUGGUGUGUUUGGAAAAGGAGGUGGAGUUGGUGGUGGCGUUGGAGGAGGAUUUGGAAAGGGUGCCAGCAUAGGAGGUGGAUUUGGAAAGGGUGGUGGCUUUGAAGGAGGAUUUGGAAAAAGUGGUGGCAUUGGUAGCAGCAUUGGAGGAGGAUUUGGAAAGGGUGGUGGCUUUAGAGGUGGAUUUGGAAAGGGUGGCGGCAUUGGAGGAGGAUUUGGAAAGGGUGGUGACUUUGAUAGUGGCAUUGGAGGAGGAUUUGGAAAGGAUGGCGGCUUUGGAGGUGGAUUUGGAAAAGGUGGCAGCAUUGAAGGAGGAUUUGGAAACGGUGGCGGCUUUGGUAGUGGCAUUGGAGGAGGAUUUGAAAAAGGUGGCGGUAUUGGAGGAGGAUUCACAAAGGGUGGUUGGAUUGGAGGAGGGAUAAGCAAAAGUGGAGGCAUUGGUAGUGGAGGAUAUACAAGGGGCGGAGAUUGCAUUAGAAAAGGUGGGAGCAUUAGUGGUGGCGUAGGCGGAGGAUUUGGUAAAGAUGUUGGUGUUGGAGGUGGUAUUGGCAAAGAUGUCGGCAUUGGUGGAGGAGUUGGCGGAGGCUUUGGCAAAGUUGGUGGAUUUGGAGGUGGAAUAAUUGGUGGACAUCACUAA